AUGGAAGUAGCUGUUAGCUUCGACCGAGGAAAAGGGAUUGCAGAAAUAGAGAUUGAUUCAAAUAGUGGUGAGAAUCCUUUAUUAAAUGAGAGUGAAGAAGUUGAGGAACCUAAGAGGCGUAUGUGUUUUAGCUCAAGAAAGAGAACCAAAAAAUCAGAAAUAAAUCCUCUAAAGCCAUCUCUGUCCACAAAAAUUGAUUUCCAAGCAAGGGUACGAACAACCUUACAAAAGGAUGGGAGAUUUAUGUUAACCACAGUUAACCUUGACCGUAACCAUGACUUGAUUCCUACCGACUCGCAUCAUUUUGCGAUGAACAAGAAAAUUCUUACUCCUAUGAAAAGAAGAUUAGAAAUUAAUGAUCAAGAAGGGAUUGGGGUGUCUAGGAAUUAUAAGUCAAUAGUUGUUGAGGCUGGGGGUUAUGAGUCAUUAACAUUUGAUGAGCGAGAUGCAAGGAAUUACAUUGACAGAGCUAGAAGAUUGAGGGUUAGAGAAGGAGAUGCCGAUACACUUCAAAAAUAUUUUUUGAGAAUGCAGACACAAAAUUCGAGUUUCUAUUAUAUGAUUGAUGUUGAUACUGACUUUCGCAUUAGAAACUUGUUUUGGGCAUAUGCAAUGAGUCGGGCAGCUUAUGAAGAAUUUGGAGAUGUUGUUUCAUGUGACACAACUUAUCUCACUAACAAAAAUGAUAUGUCAUUUGCUCUGUUUGUAGGACUUAACCACCAUGGACAGUCGAUUUUGCUUGGUUGUGUGUUGUUAUCCAGUAAAAACACUGAUAAAUUUGUUUGGUUAUUGAAAGCAUAG